AAAAAAAAAAAAAAAAAAAAAAGACACCCCCACCACCAUAACAACAACCAUGAUGGCCUUCAACCGAGGACCCAUCCCCAAGCAGGCCGCCGCGUUCCUCGCCGGCAAAGCCAAAGUCACAACCUACGUAUCCACAGGCGAAAAAGUAACAUCCCAAUUCGCAGCCCACAACCUCAGCCUCGUCCCCGCCAUCAAACCCGGCUCCAUCAUCCACGACAAUGCCUCCGGCUCGGGCACCGUCACGCGCCUCAUUCUAGCCUCCAACCCUCCUGCCGACAUCACCAUCCACGCCACCGACAUCGACCAGCCCUUCCUCGACGUCCUCUCUGCAGACGCCGCACAGCACAACUGGCCCGUCCACGUGACGUCGCAGAAAUGCGAAAAGACGGAUUUCGCCGAUGCCUUCUUCGACUACGACUUCAUGAACAUCGGCAUCAUCUUCGCGUCGGGCGCAGGGCUCGACGGCGCGCGCGAGGUGUACCGCACGCUCAAGCCGGGCGGUUUCGCCGUCGUGAACUGCUGGAAGCGCAUCGGCUGGAUGUUCCCCAUCAUGACGGUACACAAGAAGUUCCGCGGGGAUGCGCCGUUCCCGGCGCCGCCCAUCAACUGGACGGAUGGGCAGCAUCUGCGCAAGAUCAUGAUCGAGACGGGGUUCCCCGAGGAGAAGCUGAAGCUCGAGAGUCAGGACGUGGUGAUCGAGCUGGAUGAGGCGAGCGGCGAGUAUAGGGAGUGGGUGGAGAAGUCGUGGGCGUACCUGGCGGGAAUUGGGGGCUGGAAGCCCGAGGAUGAGGAGAAGUGGGAUGAGGAGGUGGAUAUGCUGGCGGCGGUGUUGAAGCAGGCGCCUACUACCAAGGUGGAGGGGGGGAAGGUGGUGCUGCCUGCGAGUCAGUGGGUGGCAAUUGCGGAGAAAUAGGUCUUUUUUGAUGAUUUGUAGCCCUGGGAGGGCGGUGAAAACGAAUAUUAGUACAAAAGUAAAGCACUUUUUCCGUUGCUGUAGCUAUCGGUUACAUGCGAUCAAGUAUGCAAGGUCUCCUCACAAAGUACGACCUGUACGAUAGAGGAAACGCUUGGUUGACUGUAGAUAUACUGCCUGGCAAGCAAUGGUCGAAUCUGCAACUGCCUGCUGUAAAUCUCAAUUGUAGGUCGAACUGUCAGGAUCCGAC